CAAAUUCAUCUUUUUAGUGGCUUAGUUCCGGUUAAACUGAUGCGCGGACCGCCGGCAACGCGCAGUCAGAUAAAUAACUAACCAUUGUUGAGAUUUAAGUAAACAUUAAGUUAUCUGAAACAAAUAACAAUGGAUCAGAUUCACCAAAAAGGGGUGGCACAUGGUAUUCUUUUUCAACUAAGGGUGUGGCAUUUUGGGCUGAUGACUGUGUCAUUACCUGCAGUCUCUUUAGCAUUCUGUUUCAUUACUGGUUUUAUUUUUAGUUUCGACGAUGUCAACGAAACGAUGUGCGAGGUAAAAAAUUUUAUCCCAUCGAUCAGUGCUGUGACAGGCAUCACACCACAGACAUAUGUCUGGCGAAUAUGCAUUGCUCUUCACUGUGCACCCCGCUUUACGAUUGCUUUCUUCUACUACAAUUAUUAUCUACAACGUCUGCAGAAUGUGCAUGAAAAAUAUCAGGGUUUUUUCAAAAUUCUGAUCAAAUUGAAUUUCUGGCUUAACACUGUGGAGAAUGCCUCAUUGGUUGGUGUUACUUAUGUGACAAAUAGAGAAAACUAUCCCAUUCAUGAAAAGAUUUUUGUUGUUUUCAUGGUGACAUCACUGUGCUACAUGCUGAGCAACCUUAUCUGCUUCAGGAUGUCUCGUGGACAGACCAUGACCCAAGAUGAACAUAGAUCUUAUUUCUGGAAGAAAGUAAUGUUUGCAUCCAUCAUGAGUGCCACUGCUGGACUUUUAUACUUCUUUGCACGACACCGUUUGCUUUGUGAACCAGGAGCAUUUAGCUACUUUUCAGUCUGCGAGUAUAUUAUUGCAUACACCAAUAUGGGCUACCACAUGACAGCUGUCUUAGACUUUAAGGACAAGGUGUUACUUUUUGGAACAUACACACCUCAAGCUGGCAAUGGUUCCAUAACCAACAAUAACAACAUUAUCAGGGACAAAUGUAAAGUUCCUAUGGUACUACCACACAAUACAAUAAGUGGAAACAAGAAGAAGAGGAACUGAUGCUGAUAAAAUGUAGCACAUUUGUUUCGAUUGUGUCAGGCUAGUUUCUUUUUUCUGACACAUCUGACCUUCAUCAGUUUUAUGAACAACUGUCACUUUUAAUCAUUGAUUUUGUGGGUGACUGAUGCAUAUUUUUUGAGCUUAUGAUGGUAUAAAUAAAAGAAAAAAAAUUUGUGGUGUAUAUCAGAUCAGGUUUUGGUUAUGUAAGAAAGAGCAUGCUAUUGAGACAUUUUUCAUUUUUAUAAUUUUUACACUUGUAAACAUCAGUUUUGGACAGAGAUACACAAAAAGUAAGCAGCAUAAGCAUGACCUCUGUGCUUCUGACAAAACUGUUUAAUGGGUACAUUAUAUGUUCAUUACAGCCAUUUGUUUUAGUCUUUAAUUUUUAAUUAGUUUGCUGAGUUUGUGACAAAAUUCUUUCAAUAUAGUUGUUUUAUUUUCAACCAUUAUUUUGUCACACUUAUGCACUUAACCCAUGUUUGGAAUUUGAAGAACUUUAUCUUAGAUUAGAAGUAGAUAUUGUACUAAAUUUGCAAUUCAGAGAAUGUCUACGAGUUUGUAAAAAUCUGCCAUUGUUUAGUGAAUAUUAUGUCAAUAGGAAAUAUGUACUGUUAGUCUCUUAGGGUGCAUUUAUUCAGUCACGAUGGGCUUGAAUGAUUUGCUUUCAUACUUCCAAAACCUUUCUCAGUGUCUGUUACAGUAAAUAUGCAUGUCUUGUGGAUUGAAAACAGUCUAAAGGCUUAGCUCAAACCAAAGAGAUUUCUUUUAUUUGCACAGGGAAUAAGGGGUUUAGUCUCAAGUCAACAUCAGUCUGAUCAUUUUACAAUUAUAUGACAUAUGCCAACAGCAUGACUAUAUUUUUUUUUCAGGGAUAUGAAACCUUUAUAUAACACAAACAUUUUACUUCUCAUUUGUAUGUAGUGCUCAGGUCGAGUUGUGAGUCUAUGUUAUAAUUCAUUAAGAUUUUUUCCUGUCAUCUUUAACUAUGUCAGUUCUUUUGUGAAAAUGCAUUUUUUUCUUAACUUGAGAUGUUGUAUCAUUAUGGUUGGUCCUGAUCAUUUUUGUCUUCUUAUGAUCAUUAUGUAUUCUCCUUUUUUUGUCCAUAAAUCCUAAGAAACAAUGGCUUAUUAAAAAGUUUAAUGAAGAAUGUUUUUAUAAUAGAUACAGGUUAGCAUUUUUUGAAUUGCAAAAAUCAUAAUUAAUUAUUUGGAUGAGAAAUUUACAAAGAUUUUUGAGGUGUAUUAAACAUGAACAUUUAAACAAUGGCUUAUUAAAAAGUUUGAUGAAGAAUGUUUUUAUAAUAGAUACAGGUUAGCAUAUUUUGAAUUGCAAAAAUCAUAAUUAUUUGGAUGAGAAAUUUACAAAGAUUUUUGAGGUGUAUUAAACACGAACAUUUAUUUUAGGUCAUUCUGAAGCUGUGCAUGUUUUCUAACUAUGUAGUACUCAUUUUCACGUUUUUAUUGAGUCCUGUGUAAGUUUUAACAUAUGUGUACUUUCAGCUAAAUUUUGUUUAUGUUGAAAUUGGGAAGAAUUUUUAAUCUGAUAAGUUUAUGAUGAUUCUUUGUGCCUUCGAACCUUCUGCCUGAUGUUAUAGUUGUUUACUUUUAUUUUUGUCGGAAUCAAAAAUUAGAAAGGAGAUAUGAUUUCUGAAGAAGCUAUACAGUGCAAUCAUGUUUAUAAUUUAUGUUGUAAGUGUGUGGACAUAUGUUGGAGAGCUUGUGUAGAUGAAUGUUGUGAAGAAUUAUGCACACAGCUCUAUGGGUGUGUGUGUGCUAUCCUUUUCCUUCAUCAGUUGUUCUUUAAAACUAUUCAUAUGAUUCCUGCAUACUGAACGUGUAAUUCAUUGUGAAAGGACCCCUUUUAAACUGUGCAGUGAUGUGAUUAUUUGACAUGAUGCAGUUUUUUAUUAUUUAUUUCCAGAUGUGUCAUAUUUAUGCAGUUUUCUGGAAUUUGAAGAGCCAUUAUCUUACAAAUAGACAAACUAACAAUUACAAUUUGGAAUUGCCCAAGAAGUUCUUGUGACAAAAUCCCUUUGUUUUGUGAAAGUAAUGAUGAUAUUUGCAGGCAGUAUGUGCAUUCUCUCACAGUUUGUUCAUUCAGUUAUUAUGGAUUUGAAAGACUGCAGCAUCAACAAUUCUUUUUGAUGUCUUGUUAUGAGUGAUAUGUUUGUGACUGGACUUUAAACUUUGCCAGUUGCUGAUGGGGAAGGAGAUAUAAGCAGAUUUCUUGCAGUUUUCUGCUUUUUGGCCGAGUCACUUCUAGAUGUAGAUAUUCAGUACCCAGCAUUCUUUUGAAAAAGUGAUGUGUAUGGGCGCAUGUUUGUGUAACAGAUUUGCUCUACAGUGAUUUAUGAAAUUUCAUUUACAUAGCCGUUUUUAAAAACUGUUACAAGAACGUAGCCGACUUCGUGUCAUUUUCAUUGAUCUUAAAAGUGAAACACUUUCAUGACUUCUACUGGUUUAUGAGCUAUAAUUGUUUCACAUUUUAUAAACAAUAUGAAGACCAAGCAGGGAUAAAUCAAGAUUUGAAAGCUGUUUGUAGAAAGUUACUGAACUGCAAAACAUUUUAGGUUAUUUUGAAUUUAAUUACUUCUUAACUGAAUGUUGAUCACCUCAGUCUUUGUGAUCCUGGGUUCUGACUGAUCCAAAACUGGUGGAAGUAAUGAACAAUAGCUGAUGCUCUCUGGCACAUGAUCUGUUGAAGCUACUUCAUUUUUUCAAUCUCGAUUUUAGCUUUGUAUUAUUUGCAAUUUUAUUAUAAUAUGUUACUCUUUUUAAUAUCUUUGAACUUAAAGUUCUCUCUAUAAAGUCUGCAGGCAUUUGAAUCUACUGCUACCGCAAACAGUGAAUUUUCAGGGUAUUUUUUGUGAUACCACUAAAGGAAUUGUGUCACACUUGUGCUCUCCUCUUGUCCCCUGUUUGCCUUAGUUUCUGGCACAGCAUAAAUCUCAACCAUCCAUGCUCUCUGUGCAUGCAUGCUAAAACACACUUGUCUAUGUGUGUGUUCUUUCUAGGCUUGAUUACUGCAACUCCUUGCUCGCAGAAUGCUUCUCAUACCUCAUUCAUAAACUCCAGAAAGUACAGAACUUUGCUGCACAUCUGGUGCUUAGAGCUAGGAAACAGAACUAUGCCACUCCUUUCCUUUGUUUUCUGCACUCUCUACCCAUCUGCUCUUGCAUCCAGUACAAACUGUCCUUGCUGUGUUUUAAUUUCUUUGCAGGCUUCUGCUCUAUUUUUCAGAAGUUCUCCUCCCUACAUUCCAGCCAGAAAACUCCGCUCUUUGUCUGAUGACCGUAUCCUAACUGUUCUUGUGACCAGAGCAAUAUGUGGUCACUUGAUUUUUAGUUACUGUGCAGCAAAACAAUCAAACAAUCAAACUCUCUCUCCUUCCAUAUCUGCCACCUACCCACUAAAAACGCAGCUCUUCUAUGAGCAUUACUCCUAACAACAGUGCACACAAUGCUGGUCCUAUCUUCUACCCCUUCCCCCUCCUUUCUUCUAUUGUCUGCUUCCCCUACUGAUCUUUCUCUUCAGAAUCAUGAUAUCCCCAGUUUUUGUUACUUGAUUGCUCAUUUCAUUUUUUUAUAUUUGUCUUUUAUUAGUCAUCAGUAAUGUUGUUUAUCCUUCCGUCCUUCGUAUGUUGUCCAUGUCUCGUUCUUCGUCUCAAAUGCUUAGAGCAUGCUCCUUACAAGCAUGAGUGCGCACUAUAUAAAUCAUACAAUUAUUAUUAUAUUGUCUCUCGUGAAAGAGCUAUUGUAAUUUCAGGCAGUCAGCUGAAGCUAGAGAUUCCCACAACUGUGUAUUCCUUAAGGUCUAAUGGAUGCUGUUUUUUCUAAUGACUUGGGGCAAGAUACUGUUUGCCAAAUCUGGGCAGAUACUCCCCUUGCGUUCUUGAUAGAUGCCUACAAAUGUCACCAUGCACAGAAAGAAGUCAAGCUCAUGAUGUCAUAUUUGUAAACAGAGGUAUAUUCUCCCCGAUUUCCUGUUGGCUGAAGCCUUUACAGUUUAAACACAUCUAUGUUCAAUCCUAAUGUCUGUGGUGUUUACUUCUUUAUGUAUGUGGUGUGCUUAAAUGCACACUUAUCACCCAGAUUUGCAUAAAUAGUAUCUUAAGCAUCUUGCACAAAUUUUAAUCCACUCGCAAGAAAAAGAACUGCACCCUUCUAGACGUUAAAACACCAUGAACUACAUUUUGAUGGCCUUCUGAAGCCAGUUUGAAAACAUAGUUGAUAACUAACUGCUUAUUAUCAUCAAUCAUCACUUAUAGGUUCAUUGGAAAGGUCAGCCUUAAAGUAUUUAUUGUUCUAAAGAACAAGAUUCUAAAGAUACCUGGUAACCUGGGCUAUUUAGUUUCAAAACAUUCAGUCAGUGAAUUGCUCAUUCUUGUGAUGAUGUAUUAUUUCCUCUGUAUAUACGUGUAUGCUUAUUUAAUCUUUUUUUCGAUUUUGUGAGAAUAUCUUGAGAGGAAGCAUCCUACAAGUUGUCUCUUGAUAAGAGUGUUGAGUGCUUUUUUUACUUUUUUUCUUUUUUUUUUUUAAAAAAGUGGCAUUCAGUUUAUUUGUAUGCAAUACAAAAUAGUGAUGCUAAUCUAUUCCAAUGUACAAAAAAUAAAUAAAUAAAACCCCUAGAAUUUCUGGCUCUUGUUAGAGAUAAAAUUCAUUUAAAUAUUUGGAAGUUUUUUUUUUUUAAAACAAGGAUUCCAAAAGAUCUAUUUCUGUCUUUGCUUAAAAUUUUGUUGGAUAGCAGCACUUAUUCUUGCAGGAAGCAGUCUAUGGAAAGCUGUCUCUUUUAUUUUUGCUUUCAGCAUGCUGCACAAAACCCAUUCUCUCUGUUUUUGAUUCUUGGAAUUACAGUGCUCCUCUUUUUUUGUACAGAAAGUCUCACAAGAUAACAUGUGCAAAGACGUCAUAAAUAAAAGACAGUUCAAAGAAUGAACUGUAGUAAACUGAAUAGUCUGUACUUUUUACAUUUUUCUAUUUCAGUCAUAUUUUAGGUUUAUCUAUUAAUGGAACACUUCCUAUUCUGGUGCUAAUUUCCUCAGGUACAUUAAUUCUGUGUGCACCUCUCAGGAUGUUGCACAAACAUCAUUAAACAUUUUGAUACUGAAGUUGCAACUCAGUAACACAAAUAAAAUAACAGUUAAAUAGGCAAUUAGAGAUUUUGAACAUCUGCAAGCGUGCACUGAACUAAAUAAAUGUAACAUUUUUGUUGGAAAAAAGCAUAAGUAAAAUUACUUCACUGCACUGAAAUUUGUAAUCAUAUCCUUUAGCCUAACCAAUUCAGGUUCAACUCCUUCCAUUAUGUUUGGUUGUUCUGUGGCUUUAUCUACUGUUUAGAUUUUGAGAUCUGAUUAUAUCAUCUGCUUGGUCUGAUGUACCUUCUUAUUUGUAUGUCAUUCUUAACUAAUGUGGUUACUUAAAAUGAAAUACUAACACUCCUAUCAUCACCAUGUGACUAUUUACCCUAGAUGACUGUUUUUCUGGUUGCAGCGAGCCUGCACUUCGGUCUCAUUGGUAAUCAGUUUUUUCACUUAGUAUCGAUUAUUUUUCUUGGACAGUGUUCUGUUGGGGAGGAAAGGGGUUGGAACACAGGACAGUUUUUAUUGUUAAACAUGUAUGUUUGAUAGAGCAAUGUGAGCCUCGCUUCCAUUGGCUUACAGCACCAUAUUAUUUAUUAUUAUUAGUGCAUUGGUAGGCAGUGGAAUAUUAAAAGAAAUCAUAAGUU